CCAUAUGCCUUUCUUAGGUUCACGCCAAACAAGGCCAUCGUUCAAGACCUACUUCUCAGAAUUCGAUUGACCGUUUUUGUACGUAACUCUGAUCUUUACCACCACCAUCACCAUGAGUCUCAGCAGGGGCUUCAUGUACUCUGCCAUUCCAAGCAGCGAGGCAAUGCUCGGAGCUCAAGGACCAUACGCUUCUCUCGGCAAAGCGGUCCACGUAUCUCACCAAAAUGACGUUCUGGACAAAUCCAAGAUAUUUGUCGUCUCUCUUCCACGUCGUCACGACCGCCGAGAGCAGAUGGAACGCCUGCGGUCAUAUCUGGGGCUACAGUGGACGUAUUGGGAUGCCGUAGAGGCGGAAGAUGAGCGGAUAAGUACCAUUCUCGACAAGGUAUACUCUCUUCGCAGCGAAGCAGCCAAUCUUAGCAUCGAUACCAUUUCCGAACGCAUCCGGCUACCCUUCCAAUGGCCAAGUAACAUCGAUACUCUUGCGCGAAGCAACGUAUCUCUUGCUGCUGCCGAAGCGUCAUUUUGGACUUUACCUCCGUCUUCCUCUUUCGCCAAGCAGGAUACAACCCGCCCGCCUCUAACCUGCGCUAUCGCCGAUUUCACCAUCUUGCCCUAUGCAGAUGCCUCGGAGCACAAGAUUCUCAACGCUCCGCGAGUUGCGUGCUGGGAUUCUCAUCUCUCAGUCAUCAAGGAAAUUGCUAAGUUGGAGAAGGGUACCUUUGGCGUGAUCUUAGAGGAUGAUGUCGACCUAGAGAAGGAUAUUAGAAGACGUCUCAAUCGCGUGUGGACAUAUCUACCAGAGGAUUGGGAUAUGGUACACCUAGGACACUGCUGGGGUAACGAGACCUACUACCCCGCACUGUCACCCCCUGCGUCUUCUACCGAGAGCCAAUUGCAUCCAUCGAAAAAACCGAAAUGCACUCACGCUUAUGCUGUUUCGCCAAUCGGCGCCCGACGCCUGUUGCUCUACCUUACCCAUCCGCCAUUUACCUAUUCGCGAGCAAUUGACCAGGCUUAUACAUGGUUGAUCAAGAAGGAACGCAUCAAGAGCUUCUCCAUCGUGCCAAGUGUGGCCGUUCAGACGAAGAACGGUCUUAGUGAUAUCAGCAAAGAGAAACCGAGCGUCUGGAAAGAAACGUUGAUCGAUGGAGUAUUCAGGACCUGAUAUCUAAUACGUCAAUUUUACCGAUUUCUCUUAGGUUUCCUCCAAGUUGGACCAACUGUAUAUAAUCUGGACGGUCUUUGUUAUGUUGGUCUGUUGUAGCUCCUAAAUGACCAUGAUAUGUACAGAUAUAAUAUUCAAAGUGAUGUAUUGAUAUUC